CGUGUCAAUAUAUAGGACAUGAAUUGAAUUACAGGCAGCAUUUAGGACAUAGUUUUAGACUAGUGUAUAAUACACAUAGCUUUGGUUGUUAAUACAUAUUAUUUAUAUUUUAUCAGCAAUUAAGAUAUCAACAUCAAUUCAAAAUGCCUGCUAAAUUCAAAUUAUCUUACUUCGACAUUAGAGGACGAGCAGAAUUACCUCGACUUGUGUUUGCUGCAGCCGGAAAAGAGUUUGAGGACGAGAGAUUAAGUGGCGAUAAAUGGACAGCUUUUAAACCAAAAACACCAUAUGGUCAGAUGCCUGUAUUAACUGUAGAUGAUAAAACAAUGAUUAACCAGACGGGUGCCAUUGUCCGGUACCUCGCUCGUGAAUUUGGGUUGUAUGGUUCAAAUAAUAUGGAAAAUACAAAGUGUGACAUCAUCAUUGAAACUGUAGUCGACGUGUUUACUGCUAUAAUUAAAGUACAUUACGAAAAGGAUGAAGCUAAAAAGGAGGAACUUGGUAAGAAGUUAAGUACAGAAGUUUUACCCCAAUUUUUCACCUAUUUGUGCAAGUUACUGAAAGAAAAUGGUGGAAAAUGUCUAGUAGGAUCUAAGUUGACAGUUGCGGAUAUGGCUGCUUUUGACAUGCUUGAUAAACUAAAAUGCAAUCCACAGAUGGGUGAAGGGGUGUACAAAGACUUUGCUGAAGUCAAAACGUUUUACGAAAGUGUAAAAACUAAUGCUAAUGUACAGAAAUAUUUAGAGAAGCGACCAGCAGCGGACAUGUAAAUCUAAGAACAUACUCAUACUUAUUUUAUUUAUUUGUUUAAACAGUUACAUGGUCAAGCAUUAACAGACAUAGCUAUGUGAACAAAUCUUGGAUACUAUUUACAUUGUUUACAAUAGUACAUGGUUUUUUGUACUUAUUUAUUUUAUAGUUAUUAUAUCUGUUUACUGAAUCUGUUUUACAAAUUGCAAUUUACUGAAUUAAAAUAUGAUGAAGCUGUA